CAAAAAUAUCUCAAACAUGGCUACAAUAAAUGUUUCGCAUUUUUUCAAUUUUUAUUUCUUCACGAAGACUUUAGGAGAUAUACUCAUUAGCUGUGUUAUGUGAAUUUCAUGUAUUAAAGAAAAUGGCUGCGUUAUUGUCCAACCGGAAAACUGUGUGGUUUUCAUCCAGUGUACCUCGGGCUAAAGUCAAUGAAUGGGAUGGUGAUGUUGUUGACAAUCCAUUUGAGGCCCAGUAUUUAUUUGCAGAUAAUGAGGAUGCUUCUGAUGUUGAAAAGAUCUUCACAUCCAAAGAAUUCCUCACUGGAAAAUUGACCAUAUUUCACUGGAGUUUACUCGAUCAUUUUGGUUCACCCAAACACUUUUCUUGCAAAGACUUGAAAAAUCUUGUGAUUUUUCCCUGGAAAGAACUAGAAGAUCUUGGCAUGGCAGCGAACCAGCCUGAACAAACAAAUGAGUUCUCUGAUUGCGAUAUGGAUGAUGGUGAUUUUUCAGAAGCGAAUGAAAACCAACAGAAAGAACAUGGAAAAGAUGUGGAAGUUCUUGUAAAAAAUGACUGCGUGUCAAGUGAACGCCAUGUUAAAAGAGUAGAUGGUUCGUGUGCUUGGAAAAGGCUCGACGAUGGAUUAAGAAAGCUUGAACAUGAUCGGCAUACUGGUUACGAGAGAAAAUCGAAGAAAUCGUGCAAAGGGAAGAACGAUGGUGAUGGUGUUGGUGUUGCCAAUGGCAACGAUAAGAGAUUUAAUGAGGAAAGCCAUGCUUUGAUUGGAGAAUCAGGGAAGUGCAAAGAAAAGAACAAUGGGGACAGUGUUGACGACAAAAACCAGAAUGAAAAGUGUUCUGAUGAGGAAAGCCAUGCUUUGAUUGGAGAAUCAGGAAAGUGCAAAGAAAAGAACAACGGGGACAGUGUUGACCACACAAACAAGAACGAAAAAUGUUCUGAUGAGGAAAGCCAUGCUUUGAUUGGAGAAUCAGGAAAGUGCGAAGAAAAGAACAAUGGGGACAGUGUUGACCACAAAAACAAGAACGAAAAAUGUUCUGAUGAGGAAAGCCAUGCUUUGAUUGGACAAUCAGGAAAGUGCAAAGAAAAGAACAAAGUGGACACUUUUGAAGACACGAACGACAGCAAAAAGAGUUCUGAUGAAAGCACGGAUGCAAACUCAGUGCAGAAGAAAAAGCACGGAUCAAAUCAAGAAUUGAGGAGAUACGAGCUGCAUCGUCACAGGAAACGUAAGAGCUUACAAUUUAAAGUGCUGCGAAGACGGGAUUGUGCCAUUUCAAGCUCCGAAGAGGAUAAAGAACCACGAAAAGAGAGAAAGAGUAAAGCAAAGAAAAAACAACCUCUAUUGCAAAGCAAUCAUCGUAAUGGGUGUCAUAAUUCAACAGACGUUUACCCAUCGACAACUGACGUCACCUCUCCAAACCAAAGUUCUCCGACGAAGGGGAAGAAAAACAACAAUCGUACCUGUAAUAUAUUCUGCAACAGCUUAAAUUUCGAUAUAACCCAUCUGGAUGACGUCAUUGUACCACGUGUUGAGUUGGUAGAUUUCAUACCGUGUAUGGAUGGUUGUUAUGUAACCAAGAAGCCGCUAAAACGUCAAUAAAGAUAAGUUGCACGAUGUGGCUGUAUUCAGAGUUGUUAUACGCUCUGUAGUUUCUGUGAAGUUAUGUUUUAUACAUGGAUAUUGGUUCUUUAUGCUUAAUGCAUCAGUUGUAGGAAAAGACCGAACGGUUCUGGAGCCGGUUGCACGAAACCCUGAUUGCGUUAUCCAUUGGAUGAUAAAUUUUCAAACUUGUGAAAAAGAUGGUUGUAUUUUCUUUACGAUAAUGAAACCUCUAGAACUAAUGUUGUUAUUCAUUCUUUGUCCAGUUCAAAUCGUAGAUUUUUCUCUUUUAAGCGAUUUUUGAAGCAUUUAAAAUAUUGCUAUCUAGUGGAUAGCGCUAUUCGGCUUUUGUGCAACCCGCCCCCUGUUGUUUAAUAUUCUCAAUCAAAUUAAAUCUCAUCGUUUGUAUUAUAUUCGGUUUGUAAAAAAGCGACAUUACGUGUUCCCCUAUAGAACUUGAAGAAUAAGACUUCGUUCCCACCCAAGGUUGCUUCCUUUUUUCAUGAUAAUAUAAGUAGCUAGCUUUUGGGAGUAGAUAUCAUUUACAACUUAUGUUGUGUGAAAAA